ACGGUCACCAACUCCCACUUGUUUUUCCAACAAGAGAAGAGAAUGUUGAAAAUAAAUACGCUGUUAUUCAUACAUAUAAUUUCGACUCACAACCUUUGUUGUUGUCAGUGCAGCCACUACUUAUUUUCUUCUUCUCGCUGGUCGCACCUUGGAUCUUUAGUGAGACUUUAGAGUGAGAUUUGUCCACUUUCUGAGGCUUUGACAUUUUCCCCUCGUUCACCAUUUCUCAAAGUUAUUCCAUAAAGACUUUGUUCUUGAGGUAAAGCCUACUCCAAUAACUCCUUUUCAUGCAAAUGAAAAAGGGUCAUCCUUUACAAAGGCCAGUGGUGGCUUAGCACUAGCGUGAGAACUCAGGAGAGUCUUGAUAGAAAAGGCGUGUUUGGUUAUAAGAUCAAUCUUUUCUUCACAUUCACGCUCAGGUCUUAGACACGUAACACCCAAUGAUCACUCUGGGGGAACUUUCAGGAAGGAAGUUCCACUGAGCUGAAGUUCAAAUGGGCAUGUGAUGUGAUGUGAAAUAUAGGAAUCUAUUUAGUAUUCUCUGGGAACUAAAUUUGGACUCUUCAGUUUUGACUGGUGUUUUUUGCUCAUUUCUCAAGUGUGCUUCAUCUGAGUUCUGACUCGUUAAGUUCCAAGUUAUGGGGCUUGAAGGGGGUGGAGGAAAUAAAAUGCUGGGAUUGUGAUUUACGCCAAGGCACAAACGUUCAAAGAGUCUUCCUGAUAAGAAAAAAAAUCGAGGAGGAUAAUCCAGAUAAUCGCAUUCAGGCUUCAGAUCGCAAGAAGCUGGACAUGGGUUAUCUCACGGAAUGUGAUAAAGCUGGGAAAAACCGAACCCCUACAAAUGAAGUUCACAGCACUCUGAAGCAAGAGAUUCUACAACUGGAGAGAAGAUUACAAGACCAAUUUCAGGUCAGAGGCACGUUAGAAAAGGCACUUGGAUACAGAUCUUCAUCUCUCGUUAAUUCAAAUGAGAUGAUGAUACCCAAGCCAGCCACAGAAUUAAUUAGGGAAAUUGCAGUGUUAGAGUUGGAAGUUGUGUAUUUGGAGCAACAUCUUCUGUCCUUGUACCGUAAAGCAUUUGAUCAACAAUUGUCUUCGGUAUCUCCGACUUCAAAAGAUGAAAGUAUAAAGUUCCCUUUGACAACACUUAGUGCACGAUUCAUCAAUGUUUCUGUGCCAGAGAUCUUAACCAAUAGAGAAUGUUCUACAACACCAUCUAAAGACCAUGAGCUUGAGACUCAGAGAAAAGAGCAAGAGAAACAUGAGCCUGAGACUUUAUGGAAAGAAUACAAUGAAAAUCUAAUAGAAGAAAACCAUUUGGAUUCUGGUGUUUAUCGUUGUCAUUCCUCGUUAUCCCAUUGUCCAGCGUUUACGAGAGAAUCUCCUCCAGCUGAUUCUUUAGCUAGAUCUCUGCGUGCCUGUCAUUCCCAGCCAUUGUCCAUGUUGGAGUAUGCUCAAAGCUCUUCAACAAACAUAUUAAGUCUGGCAGAACAUCUUGGUACCCGAAUUUCUGAUCAUGUUGCAGUGACACCUAAUAAACUUUCUGAGGAUAUGGUGAAAUGUAUAUCAGCUAUAUACUGCAAGCUUGCAGACCCUCCCAUGACUCAUCCAGGCCUCUCAUCUCCAAGUUCAUCCUUGUCCUCGACAAGUGCCUUUUCCAUUGGAGAUCAAGAUGACAUGUGGAGUCCAAGGUUCAAGAAUAAUUCCUCUUUUGAUGUACGGUUGGAUAAUCCUUUCCACGUAGAAGGACUCAAGGAGUUUAGCGGUCCGUACAGCACCAUGGUUGAAGUCUCGUGGCUUUAUAGAGAGAAUCAGAAGUCUGGUGAUACUGAGAAAUUGCUUCAGAAUUUCAGGUCACUUAUUUGUCGACUAGAACAAGUAGACGCUGGUAGGCUGAAACACGAGGAGAAGCUAGCUUUUUGGAUCAACAUACACAAUGCUUUAGUGAUGCAUGCAUUUUUGGCUUAUGGGAUUCCACAAAACAAUGUGAAAAGAGCUUUUCUUCUUUUGAAGGCUGCAUAUAAUGUUGGGGGUCAUACGAUUAGUGCUGACACAAUACAGAGUACUAUACUUAAGUGCCGGAUGUCUCGUCCAGGCCAGUGGCUGCGCUUGUUAUUUUCUCCAAGGACAAAAUUCAAGACUGGAGAUAGACGACAGGCUUAUGCACUGGAGCAUCCUGAUCCUCUUUCACUCUUUGCACUCUGUUCAGGAAACCAUUCUGAUCCCGCGGUACGUAUAUACACACCAAAGAGUGUGUUUCAAGAGCUAGAAGUUGCAAAGAACGAGUACAUUCGAGCCAACUUAGGAGUACGCAAGGACCAAAAAAUACUAUUACCAAAGCUUAUUGAGUCAUUCAGCAAGGACUCGGGUUUGUGCCCCAACGGUGCCAUGGAUAUGGUCCUGGAAUCUCUACCCGAAUCCCUCAGAAAGAGUGUUAAGAAAUGUCAGCUUGGAAAAUCCCGGAAGUGCAUAGAAUGGAUUCCACACAACUUCAGUUUUCGAUACCUUAUAUCUAAGGAUAUGGUAAAAUGAAUGAUUGUUUCGCAGCUUUGCUUCUUAGUGUCGCAAGGGGUGUGCUUUGUUUGAUCUGUGUAAUUCUUUUUGUACAAAGUAGAAAGGGCACAGCGAAAUAUAAUACUAUAAUGUGAAAGCACA